UGCCCGCUCUGCCCCCGUGCAGGAGGCCGAGGUGGAGCACCGCGUGGCCGAGAUGAAGCGCGAGGGCUUCUGGUCCCUGCGGCGCCUGCCCAAGGUGCCCGAGCCGGCGCGGCCCAAGGUGCACUGGGAUUACCUGUGCGAGGAGAUGCAGUGGCUGGCGGCCGACUUCGCCCAGGAGCGCCGCUGGAAGAGGGGCGUGGCCAGGAAGGUGGUGCGCAUGGUGAUGCGGCACCACGAGGAGCAGCGGCAGCGGCAGGAGCGCGCCAAGCGCGAGGAGCAGGCCAAGCUGCGCCGCGUGGCCGCCGCCAUCGCCCGCGAGGUGCGCCACUUCUGGAGCAGCGUGGAGAAGGUGGUGCAGUUCAAGCAGCAGUCGCGGCUCGAGGAGAAGCGCAAGAAGGCGCUGGACCUGCAGCUGGACUUCAUCGUGGGCCAGACGGAGCGCUACUCGCACCUGCUGAGCCGCAGCCUCAACGCCCCCCGGCCCCGCCCCGCCCGCCCUCACCUGCCCAGGUAAC